AUGCAGCUGCAUGUUUUCAGUUCUUUAGCCCAGCUAGUUACCAAUCCUUGUUUCCAGAUUUCAUUCGAAUUGUUGGAACUCAAAUCAAAAGGUUCCUACUUGAUAAAGAUCCAAGGACCCAGAUGUCAAUGCGCGAAAUCAUGUGCCUGCACGCACCAUCUCAAAACAAAGGAGCAAAAGCAAAUGGGUGCAGCAGAGUGUACCCUGAGAAAGAGAGCUCGGCUGCUCCUUGAGGUUGUGCUGAGGCUCUAUCAGUGA